GCUCUAGGCUACCUGUAGUCUGUGGACUAGCUUAGCUCUCUUGCUAGCUACAUUUGGGGCCUUGUUUUAUCCUUAUGUUCAAUAAGGAUAAAUGCAUCUAGCUACCAAGUGUUUCUGGUGUCAGUCGAAUUAAAGCUCGGAUUAGCUAGCCAACAAUUACCCUAUUAAGCAAGCAACGUGUGUGAGAUAGAGAAGUGACAGGACGGUCUUCAACCUGUCAGCUAGCCAGCCGGAGAAACGGGGAACAGGAUAGGGAAGCAGGGCGGAGCGGGCGCCGCGGACCCGGUGGAGAAGAUGGCGGGCAGCCCAGAAAAGAGUUCCACGGCGCAGGAGCUAAAAGAACAGGGUAACCGGCUUUUCCUUUGCCGCAAAUACCAAGAGGCGGCCACCUGCUACAGUAAAGCCAUCAACCGUAAUCCUUCAGUGGCAGUGUACUACACUAACCGGGCUCUGUGCCACGUCAAGCUACAGCAGCAUGACAAGGCACUGUCGGACUGUAAGCACGCCCUGGAGCUGGACAGCCAGUCGGUCAAGGCACACUUCUUCCUGGGCCAGUGUCACCUGGAGCUGGAGAACUACGACGAGGCCAUCGGCAACCUGCAGAGAGCCUACAACCUGGCGAAAGAGCAGAGGCUGAACUUCGGAGACGACAUCCCCAGCGCACUGCGCAUGGCCAAGAAGAAACGCUGGAACAGCAUCGAAGACAAACGGAUCAACCAGGAGAACGAACUGCACGCCUAUCUCACCAAACUCAUCCUGGCCGAGAAAGAGAGGGAACUGGAAGACAAACAGGAGGAGGACAAUCAAAAUGGAAGCAACGCUGUCAAGAUCAAAUCGAAACAUGAUAGGUUUCUUAAGGACAUGGAAGAGCUCUUCUCUCAGGUGGACGAAAAGAGAAAAAAGCGUGAGAUUCCUGACUACCUUUGUGGGAAGAUCAGCUUCGAGCUGAUGAGGGAGCCGUGCAUAACCCCUAGUGGCAUCACCUACGACCGCAAAGACAUCGAGGAGCAUCUACAGCGAGUGGGACAUUUCGACCCGGUGACUCGGAGUCCUCUGACCCAGGACCAGCUGAUCCCUAACCUGGCCAUGAAGGAGGUGAUCGAUGCCUUCAUCCAGGAGAACGGCUGGGUGGAGGACUACUGAGCACCUAUGCUCCGGGCUCCUGCAGACCUCCACUGGCCUGCAGAGAAGAGGAGGAAUGUCUGGAGAGAGGGGAUUCGAACCCUGGAUCCCCCCCCCCCCACACCGGAUAUGCACUUUACACACACAUGCAGGAGGGGCUGACGGUCACAUUAUGGACUACCUUAACGGGAGCCAUCGUCUCUAGGUCUCCAUUCUUUCGUGUCUGCUGUCCAUCCUCUGUGCCCCCAACUAAGAGCCUUGUUCUGCAGGUCUCUCUCUCCCUUUAAUGUUGUGUCAUCUCCAUCCUCUCUCUCUCCAUCUUGCACUCCCCCAUGGUGAAGGAAAACCCGCCCACCCCCAUUUCUCUUUCUCUCUCUCUUGCUCUCUCCCUUUCUCUCUGUCUCUCUGUCGCUCUCUCUCUCUUUCCCCCUCUCUCUCUCUCUCUCUCUCUCUCUCUCUCUCUCUCUCUCUCUCUCUGUCUGUCUGUGUCUGUCUUACUGUCUCAGUGCCACAAUCCUCUCUGAACACAUCACACUGCACUCAGGUGUUUCAGAACUCCCUCUAUGUACAAAUACCAGUUUUCUGUCUGAUAUAACCAUCAAUAUUCUGCUGAAACAUAUUGGCCUUUUGUUUGGCUCAUCAUCCAGUAUUGUUUAUUUAAUUUAGUAGUUUUUUUUUUGGGGGGGGGGGCGCGGGGGAAUUGCAUGUAUUGUACUUAGUUUAUUACUAAUGGUUUCCCUCAGUUUGUGUUGGUUCCCUAAGACAUGUUGACAUGACCCAGAUGCCAAAAUGCUGUUUUCAACAAAUCCAGAGUAAUUCAUUUUAAAUGCAGAAUGUUGUUUUGGAAUGGGUUCCGAAGAACUAACUAACCAAAUUGAAGUCUGCAUCACAUAGUCACCAACAGAACUAGAAUGUUGUUCAUUGCAUAUCAGUACCGGUUAACAGACAAUUAUACUACGUUGAAUGUACUAUAUGCAAACGUACAGUAAAAGUGAAUAGGUUUAA